AUGGGGCUACAAACACGAAUAUCGCCUUUUCUUAUACAAUGCUUCGUAUCAGCAGGAGUGACAUUAAACAUGUCUGGAAUGGGACUGGUGAUGGGAUUCUCUACGGUGCUGCUCCCACAGUUGGAGAAACCAGACUCAGCAAUACAAAUAGAUGAGUCAUCAGGAUCUUGGAUAGCCUCCAUUCCAGGAAUGGCUAUCAUCGUUGGCAACUUCAUGCUACCAACUUUGAUGAAUAAGUUUGGAAGGAAAACUGCUAAUUUAAUCAGUAUCAUGACUUUCAUUACCGGCUGGUUAUGCCUUAUCUUUUCUAACACCACUGGUUUGAUGAUCGCUGCCAGAUUCUUACAAGGCAUCGCAAUGGGAUUGAUUGUUACCUUGGGACCCAUUUUAAUUGGCGAAUAUACCAGUCCUAGAAACCGAGGAGCAUUUCUAAUGUCUAUAUCGAUAUCUUUAGGUAUAGGAGUAUUUUUAAUACAUAUAUUAGGUAUAUAUUUACAUUGGCAAACGACAUCUAUGAUAUGUAUUGGUAUUGCUGUAAUAACUAUGUCAAUAGUUAUACUAUCACCUGAAUCACCGAGUUGGUUGGCAAAUCAAGGAAGGUAUGAAGAAUGUAAUAAAGUAUUCAGAUACUUGAGAGGGCAUAACGAGGAAGAUGAAUUACGAAAGAUGAUAGAAGCCAGUGUUAUUUCCAAGGAAGAUAGAGAGAAGAAACUAGCUGCACCAGAAACAAUUGCAGCUAAAAUAGAAGUAGCUGUAAGUUAUCUGAAGAAAACAUUAAAGGAAAGAGCAUUUUAUAUGCCAGUAAUAAUAAUGUUUCACGUAUACACAAUGGCACAAUGGAGUGGUGUGAAUAUAUUCACUUCAUACUUGAUAGAUCUCGUUGAAAACGUCACAGGAUUGAAGGAAAAUAUUGACAUUAUUAUCAUUUCUAUUGAUAUACAAAGAAUAGUAACAAGUACUGUUGGUCUGAUUCUUAUAAAGAAGAUUCGUAGAAGACUUCUAAUACUGAUCACUGUUAGUUCAAACUUUGUAAUGUAUCUUAUUAUAGCUGGAUAUACUUAUGCUAGACAAAAUGAUUGGCUUCCCUACGACAGUCCUUAUAUUGGUUUGUUACUAAUACAUUUACAUAUGUUCUUCAUAGCAGCUGGAACAUUACCAAUAUCUUUUGUGUUAUCUGGGGAAAUCUUUCCGUUAGAAUAUAAAGGUAUUGCUGGAGGAAUCAGUACUGUGUUUAUGUCUAUGAAUGUUUUCAUUACAGUUAAAACUGUACCAUUAUUUUUAAAUACUGUAGGAUUUUCAGGGACGUAUCUAAUAGAUUCCGUUGUUCUUGGUUACUGUCUUAUAGUAAUAUGUUGGUUGUUACCAGAGACUAAAGAUAGGACGCUUCUAGAAAUUGAAGAAGAGUUUAGGAGUAAAAAAGGAAGUGUACCAUAA